UUUCUUAACAACUCUUUGCUGUGACAGUUAGUUAGAAUCAAUAAUUAUGUCCGUCGCCAAAUCCGGCCGCCGCCCGCCAUGGGUUGGCCUCAGCGCCGCCGUAUGGAUCGAAAUAGCCGCAGGAAACUCCUACACUUUUCCUCUAUACUCCCCCACUCUAAAAUCAGUCAUGGGUUUCACCCAACAACAACUAACCAUUCUCGGCGUCGCCAACGACAUCGGAGAAAACAUCGGUUUACUUCCUGGAAUCGCUUGCAACAAAUUCCCACCAUGGGUCAUUCUAUUGAUCGGCGUUUGCGCUUGUUUCAUCGGAUAUGGCAUCCUCUGGCUCGCCGUUAGCCAGACUGUCUCCUCUUUACCUUAUUGGCUUUUAUGGAUUGCACUUUGCAUUGCUACACACAGUAGUGCUUGGUUUGGAACGGCUGUUCUUGUAACAAACAUGAGAAAUUUCCCUUUAAGUAGAGGAACUGUUGCUGGAAUUCUUAAAGGAUAUAUUGGCAUAAGUGCAGCUGUUUAUACAGAAAUCUAUGAUAUGAUUCUUAAUGAAUCUGCUUCAAAUUUACUUCUAUUCAACACAAUUGGAAUUCCUUUCAUAUGUUUACUUGUUAUGUAUUUGAUCAGACCAUGUACACCAGCUUCUUCAAGUCAGGAAUCUUCAGUCCAUGGUCAUUUCAUCUUUGUUCAAAUCGCUAGUAUAUCUCUCGCGGUUUAUCUUCUCACCACCACAAUCAUAAAAGAAGUUAUGAGUGUAAGCAAACCUCUUUGUUUCAUGUUUAUCGCGAUAAUGGUGAUUCUUCUGUUGGCUCCUGCUGUGAUUCCGAUUAAAAUGACGUUUUACAACAAGGGUAAUCAAAUUAGUACUGAAUCUGAUGAUCCUCUGUUGGUAAUUCCUUCUUCUUCGGAGACGAAUCUUGGGAGCUUUUAUGAGGAAGAGGAGGAGGUGUCGGAAAUUGAUAUGCUUCUUGCUGUUGGAGAAGGGGCUGUGAAGAAGAGAAGAAGGCCGAGAAGAGGAGAGGAUUUCAGGUUUAAAGAAGCUAUUGUGAAAGCUGAUUUCUGGCUUUUAUGGUUUGUUUACUUCUUUGGAGUUGGUUCUGGAGUGACUGUACUGAACAAUUUAGCGCAGAUUGGCGUUUCUUUAGGACAUAGCGAUACGACGAUUUUGUUAUCGCUAUUCAGCUUCUGCAACUUUCUGGGCCGUCUUGGAGCUGGAGUUGUUUCUGAGCAUUUCGUAAGGUCGAGAGCGAUUCCUCGUACGGUUUGGAUGACUGUUUCGCAGACGGGUAUGAUUGUGGCGUUCUUAUUAUACGCGUCGGCUCUUGAUGGGACUCUUUAUGCUGCGACAGCCUUGCUCGGCGUCUGCUACGGGGUUCAGUUCGCGAUAAUGAUUCCUACUUCGUCGGAGCUGUUUGGGUUGAAGAAUUUUGGGAUCAUUUUCAAUUUUAUGCAGAUUGGGAAUCCGGUUGGUGCAUUUCUGUUUUCGGGUUUAUUGGCUGGUUAUUUGUAUGAUUAUGAGGCUGCAAAGCAAGGUGGAUCAAGUUGCUUGGGUGCUGAAUGUUAUAGGCUAACUUUCUUCAUUUUAGCUGGUUUCUGCGGUUUUGGUGCUGUUUUGAGCGUAAUUCUCUCCAUUAGAAUCAGGCCAGUUUAUCAAAUGCUUUACGCCGGAGGCUCUUUCCGCUUCAACUCCGGCCAUUGAUCGAUCAAUCAAUGUCCUAUUCUUCAUGUAAUGUAAUUGUAAUAUAUGUAUGUUAAUAAAACAAGCAAAAUAUUGCUUAGUAAUUGACUCUUGAAUGUGUUAAAUUCAAUAUUAAAGACAAGAGACAGACACAAACACAAACAUUCUAACCAUACAACCUAAAAAGCCUCAUGUGGGCUUCAAGUUUUGGAACAUGGCAUCCCAUUU